ACAUAGGAAGAGGUAGCUGCAUCUGGGAAACAGUAAAUAGGUACAAGUCCACAUGGAAGACUCAGGCCUGUCCAGCGGUGUUGAUGUGGACAAGGGCUUCGCCAUUGUCUUUGUUGUUCUUCUGUUUCUAUUCUUAAUUGUGAUGAUUUUCCGGUGUGCCAAGUUGGUGAAGAAUCCCUAUGAGUCAAGCUCCAUAGCCACAGAACCAUCGCUGAACUGA